AGGGACUACUAAUAAUGUUAAGUAUCUCACAUAGAAAGAUCCACCGAAAAAAUGACCACGUAAACAAGAGACGCUAGCUUCUCUUUUCUCACGAUUCGUGUUACAUCGUGAUGCUUUUGCUGUCUAGCACCUGAAAAAUCCGCACGUGUUUAUAUACAACUGGGGGCGACAUGAAAAUCUUUGUCGUAGUUCUCUUUCGAGAAUUUUGAAAGAGUAGUGCAGAUGCGAUGCUUUGGAGAAGAAGUUUGACGACGAAGCUCGACUUCUUCUUCACUUCCCCUUCAAAAUUUCAGUUCUCCACUCUGGUUCAUAACCAAGAGUCUUCCUUCCAACCAUUACCGUUAACCAAGGAAGCUUUCGCCGAAGCUUUGCAGUCAUGCCGUUCGCAUACACACCAGCUCAAACAGAUUCAUGGACUUCUACUUACCACUGGCCUUUCAAUCAAGAACAGCCUCUUGACAUGUCUUCUCUCGAAUCUUACUGUUUUAGGAAACAUGUCUUAUGCACGAAAGCUGUUUGAUGAUAUGCACAAGCCAAGAAUUUUUUUAUGGAACACCCUCAUCAAAGGAUAUUCUAAAAAUCGCAUUUUUGUUGAGGCUGUGUUGGUUUAUAGAGAGAUGAGACUUGUUGGUGUUCGUCCUGAUUCUUUUACGUUUCCUUUUGUGGUCAAGGCUUGUGGUGAGCUCCCUGAAAAAUGGAUUGGUUCGGGUGUCCAUGCUCAUGUUGUGAAAUUUGGUUUGGAGUUCGUUGCUAUGGUGAGGACAGAGUUGAUGCUGAUGUAUGUGGGAUUUGGGGAACUGGUUUUGGCUGAUUUAUUGUUUCAGAGUAUGUUUGAGAGAGAUUUGGUUUCUUGGAAUGCUUUGAUCGCGUCUUUGGUACAAAAUGGACACGCCAGCAAGGCUCUUGCUUUGUUUCGCCAGAUGAGUAUUGCUGGAGUUAAGCCUGAUGCAGCGACUAUUGUGAGUGUUUUUUCGGGUUGUGGUCAAUUAGGAUGUUUGGAGAUUGGGGAAGAAAUUUAUAGGGUCGCAAGGAAAGAAGGGAUUGACUGCAAUAUAAUUGUUGAAAAUGCGCGGCUUGAUAUGUAUGUGAAGUGUGGUAACGCUGACAAAGCUAGGAAUUUGUUUGAGAAAAUGUCUAAAAGGAAUCAUAUUUCGUGGAGCACCAUGAUAUUAGGCUAUGCCAUCAACGGAGAGAGUGAAAAGGCAUUGGCUUUAUUCUCUAGGAUGCAGAAGGAUGACGUGGAACCCAACAAUGUCACCUAUUUAGGGGUUUUGUCUGCAUGUAGUCAUGCUGGACUAGUUAAUGAAGGUCGGGCUUAUUUUGAUUAUAUGACUCAAUCAGAUGAUAAGAAUAUUCGACCUAGAAAAGAACACUAUGCUUGUAUGGUUGACCUUCUUGGCCGGUCUGGGCAUUUAGAGGAGGCUUAUAAAUUCAUAAAUAGUAUGCCCAUUGAACCUGACUAUGGAGUGUGGGGGGCUUUGUUGGGUGCCUGUGCAAUUCAUAAAAAUGUUGAAAUGGGCCAGCAUGUAGCAGAUCGGAUUUUUCAAUUAUCUCCUGACAUUGGUUCUUAUCAUGUGUUGAUGUCUAACAUGUAUGCUGCUGCUGGAAGGUGGGACUAUGUUGACAAGGUGAGGUUGAAAAUGAGGAAAAAAGGUGUUAAGAAAGUAGCUGCCUGUAGCUCAGUUGAGUGUAAAGGAGAAUUUCAUGUUUUCUAUGGUGGAGACAGAUCACACCCACAGUCGUUACUAAUAUAUGAGAAGUUGGACCAACUAUUGAAAGAUAUGAGGAGCAUAGGUUACAUUCCAAAAACCAAUUCUGUGUUCCAUGAUGUGGAAACAGAGGAAAAGGAAGCUACAGUCAGUGCUCACAGUGAAAAGCUUGCCAUUGCAUUUUGCCUUGUUAAUAUACAGCCUGAAUUCCCCAUUAGAGUGAUGAAGAAUUUGAGGAUUUGUGAUGACUGUCAUACAUUCUCUAAGUAUGUGUCUAAACUUACCAUGAGGGAGAUAAUCAUAAGAGAUAAAAUCCGUUUUCAUCAUUUUAGAAAUGGUCUUUGUUCAUGCAAGGAUUUCUGGUGAUUCCAUAGGAUAAUGGCCUUUUUUGGAGCUGGUCAAAACCGAAGAGAUGUAUCUAGUUUAUUUCUGAGAUUGAUUGAAGAACAACGAUCACUUGUCUUUACACUAAAUACUGCCUAUUGUUGAAAGGGAGCAUGGGACUUGAGGCCAUGUGAGACAAUGAACAGUAUUUGAGGUUUACCAAACAGGAAAUUCAGUAGCAGAAAAUCUUCUGAUUGAUACGAAACUGCUCAGAUUAAUAACUAAAAUUUCCAAGCGAAUAUUGAUUUGAAGACCUUUGAAAUUUAUCCUCGUGUAAGGAAGCAGCAAAUUUUGGAUGGCAAAUCAGCCACCAUAUAGGCCUAUAUUUCACCAUCAGGGUCAAAAUUAAUAGAUUAUCUAUCAAAUUCAUCCCUUGUCAUGUAAAAUCAGAUUUGUCUUUGAUUUGAAGAGGAAAGCUCCUCAUCAAAGUUAUCGGGCACGUUAAAUAUUUUGGAUUCUAAAGUAGCUCUUACCUGAUGCUAUGUCCUUCCAUAACGAAGUGUAUUGGUUACUUUUGAUUUAUUGUUACUUUGAGCUUUUGACUGUAUCCGAAAAUGAGCUAAAGUUCUUGAUUGGACAGGUCAAUCCAUCAUGAAUAAUGAGAAAGUACAACAUACUUUUG